CAGUCAACCUGUGGACGUUACCCCUUGUGUAGAAUGUCCCGGUGCCACCUUCUGAAGGCGACAUAAAUUAGUGGAGUGUGUAAACGAAUCUGGGUAAGCCACCACCAGCCUUUGUGACGAAGACUCUGAAUUACAUUGAGGAGUUGCUGAUGUCGUUAGGGAAAAGUUACACGUUUCCCUGUCCUGAAGAGAGGGCAGCCUCCGCCCCUCCAGCCAUCCUCGUCUCCACACCUGAAGAAAUAGAGAUCGUCAUGGCUAUGGACUCCGAGAAUUGCACCAGAAGAGCAUCGGAAGUUUACAACGUCGCCUCCAAUAAGGACAUUGUAGAAGACAUAAGUUACAACUUUAUGAGGAGGUACAAAAGUCAUUUCAAUGUUGAUAUCACCGAAGACGAAGGUUGGACCACUGUGGAGGAAGUAGCCCUAAAAAUAAAACGUGAUAUGGACAAUGAGCUUCUGGAGGAGGCGAAGGCGGCGGGGGAACAGAAAAAAAACUAUAAACUUUUGCCAUCACCGAAAAGGUCUCCAAAAAAGACAUUAGCAGAUGCCUCAAUAGAAUUACAGCCCAAAAAAAUCCCUAGAAAAUCAGGUAAGAAUUACUAUAGGGUUUCUCCUAAGAAUUCCCCACCAGCUCCGAGGAAGCUGCUUCCGGAGAUCUUGGAAUCGUCAGUGCAGCAGUAUCGCCCGGUAUACCAAACCGAUUAUCGAAUCUCCAAUCUUGUGCCUAGACCUUACUCCCCAAAAUAUUCUGGAAACAAGAGUGUGCGUCCUAUCAGGGUUCCAGUAGCCUCCCCUCGAACUCUCUUUACCAGUGGAAUAACGACGCCAGAAAAGACACUCGGUGAAGAGGAAGUGCCAGAGCCUAAAGAAUCAAAGGACACUAGAGGUAAAAUAAAGAAAACACAAAAUGUAUGGGAACCUCGGGAAGAUACGUGUGCAGAUAACAGAGAGAGUCCAUUAAAUUCAUUUGCGAAGAGCAAUAAAGAUUUUGUAAAUUUUAAGCAGUUUACUGAGCCUAUAGAUAUAGUUCAAAAACCACAAACCUUGUCGAAUGAUGAGAAGAGGCAUCCUAGCACAUCCAGUUCCCCUUAUAGUUUAUAUUCUUCUCAGGAAGACAUGAGUUUUUGUGUAGAGAGAACUAGAAAAAAACAUGAAAUUUCUCCUCCAUCUUCCGAUGAGUCUUUUGUCCCUGAUGGGUUUGACGUUCUCCAUCGGCGGCAUUCCUUUGACCUAGACCCCGAGGAAAGUCUUGCGUUAAGUACUCUUGAAGCUGUAAUGGUGGAACCAAAACCAUUAACACUUUACAACUGCUCAAAUCAGCCGUUUAAUUCUUUCAAGGAACUCAUGGAAAUGAAGGGUAAAGCAAUUGAUGAGAUACUUAACUCCAGUGCAGAGUCCAAUGAAGAUAUUUCUAAAGAUAAACUGUCAAGCCCUCCUGUGAGCAGUGACGAUAAUCUUGCGACACUGAAUGACUCUCUAGAAGAUAGCGUAAAUAAUUCACUGCUGACUAGCAUGGACAGUGCAGAGGAGCGUAAAGUUAGCUCAGCCAUAAGUGACAAUACCCUCAGCCGAGACUCUCUUGAUGGGUUCCUCAAUGACGACAUCAAAAGUCUCAGAAGUUGUGUGACGCAAGAAAAUUUAUAUGGUGAUAAAACGAGAGAGACUGUACAGAGAGAGGAAAGUGUUGACUUCACGUUUGAGAGCGUUGAUGAUGAUUCUCCAAUUCAUUUUGCAGAACACACAGAAGUGGAGAAGAAAGACAGUAAAUUCUCAUUCAAUUUCAGUAAAAGCACGCCAAAGAAAUCAGACCAAGGUAAGGAAAACGAGGAAAAGAAUAGAACAAGUCCUUUCCAUCUGUGUAAUAUUCUCUCGUUUGGAACAAAAUGUAAAAAUAAAAGCAAGCCCAAGUCGUCUGAAGGUGACGUCCCAAAAAAUGAAAGCUGGACACUGGGAACCAUCGAGGGUUAUCUUCUGAAGAACAGUCAGGAACCUGUGCAACUUGGCCUCCUAAAUGAUGAAGAUGUUGCGCUCUACGAGGCUAAGAAAGAUGGCAGCAUCAGUGUUCACGAUAACAGGGAAAUCCCUGUCGUGAAAGUUAGCGACGAGCUGAUGCCAACGACCCCCGGAUCGUCCUACCAGAAACGUUCAGCGCCCAACCCUCUCCAGCGCAAAUAUGCUUCAUGGAAGCCCCAGGACAUUGAAAACUACUUGCUGGAGCACAAUAUGAACGAAAACCUCCGCUUAGGACUCCUCUCUCAGGAGGACAUACAAAUCUAUGAAUGGAAGAGAGCAACCGGAAUGUCCCCCAUCUGCGACACCAGUUGGACUCGCGAGACACUUAGGAAGAACAAGAUCGUUAGGAGUUCUACCUCAUCCUCCCUCUCGGGCUCCUUCCCUCCUUCUCCGGACAUGAGCGGGAGCUUGACGGGAGAAAGUGUUGACAAUGUCACCGACACCACCAUUAAGAAGGCUACCGUUGCUGCUCAUGGUGAGAGAGCCAUUGAUGUACCAGCCUCUCCUCUCGUCUUGCCUCCCCGACGACGUGCAGUGAAACAGUGA